AUGAAGGAUCUGAAGAGAGCGGUCGAUAACGUCUCCAGUAGCUCCGAGAGGAGGAUUGAUUCCAUCUAUGAUUCCAGGAUUAACUUCGAACCAGGAAACCGGUGUAUAGAACCAGGAAACCGGUGUAUAGAACCAGGAAACCGGUGUACAGAACCAGGAAACCGGUGUACAGAACCAGGAAACUGGUGUACAGGACCAGGAAACCGGUGUACAGAACCAGGAAACUGGUGUAUAGAACCAGGAAAUCGGUGUACAGAAACAGGAAACUGGUGUAUAGAACCAGGAAACCGGUUUACAGAACCAGGAAACCGGAGUAUAGAACCAGGAAACCGGUGUACAGAACCAGGAAACUGGUGUACAGAACCAGGAAACCGGUGUACAGAACCAGGAAACCGGUGUAUAGAAACAGGAAACCGGUGUACAGAACCAGGAAACCGGUGUACAGAACCAGGAAACCAGUGUACAGAACCAUGGGAAACCAGUGUACAGAACCAGGAAACCGGUUUACAGAACCAUGAUAAACCGGUGUACAAAACCAGGAAACCAGUGUACAGAACCAUGAGAAACCGGUGUGCAGAAACAGGAAACUGGUGUGUAGAACCAGGAAACCGGUGUACAGAACCAGAAAACCGGUGUACAGAACCAAGAAACCGGUGUAAAGAACCAUGA